AUGCUAGAUUUUUUGAUACUGGUGUUGGUGAGGGUGUUCGCACAGGCUACUGUGUAUGCAGUGGCGCCCGCUCUUCCAUUUUUCGUGUUGCGCGAAUCUCGCGAUGUGCUCGAAUACAUCGCGUUAGACGCCGCGUCGCGGCUCAAGUUCUUCGAGAACACAUCGCACUUCAUAUACAGUUUCACGUGGUUGCUUACAUCGGCUGUCCCGCAGCUGCCGGCGCUUGAUGUUACCAAGGUGCUCAUCCUUCUGGUAGACAUUGCUUCGGCGGCGCUAUGGUACAAUACGACGCGCCUUCUAAGCAACUCCGGGCUGGAAAAGAACAAGCAUGCAUCCUCGCCCUUGUUCAUUGCGGCUCUGCACCUGCUCAACCCGUUCUCGAUAAUGUACAAUGAAGGCUGCAACGCCGAUAGCGUACGCUAUUUUUGGGUUUCUCUCGCCACUUUCGCUGCUGUCAACAUCAAUGUAGAGCGUGGCGCUGGUAUUAAGCCGUACGUCAUCUAUCAGCUGGCAGCUUCCGGAUUUUUGAUCAACGGCGUGUUCAAGAUGUACGCGGUGCUGCCUGCGCUCACAAUGGUCGCCGUGCACAACCGCCUGCAACAGAGCAACGAGCCGUCCAUCACGUGGAAGGAGCUGAAGCAGAUGUUCGCGGUCAUUUGCCCGCACAUAUUCCUGACGCUCUCCAUUGUUAUCCUCUAUUACACAGCACGUGGGGAGAGCGUGGUAAAACGUGCGUUGGAGCUCGAGUACACCGGCCGCGGAACUGGUAUCGACUAUUCACUCUACUGGUACCUUCAUCGAGUCCUACCCGCCGCAUUCGAAGCAACAAACACGUUCAAAUCACAGAUGAUGAUCUUUGUGCUCCCCUUCCCGUUGUUGGUACUGCUGCGCAAGCGGCCAAUGGAGUGCCUGAUCACCACAUUUGUCAUCGCAAUUCUGCAGCACCCCAACCUCUCGUUGCUGGGCCUCUGGUAUAUCGUCUGCCUAUGCGCCCUGCAUUACCCAAUGAUGGACAAGACGAUCGGGUUCACUAAGAUGAUGAUGGUUGCCAUAGGGGCGAUGUGCUUCUCCGUUACGGCGUACGUUACGUGGGUGGGCCGCUACAUAGCCAACCCCAACUACUUCUUCGCCCCGCAGCUACUUAUAUUCGCAACCAUAUGUAUAUUGCUCGAGGACUACACUAAAGCGACGUUCCAGCUGUCUAAUUCAACGUCGCAGGUCCAUAACUAA